CGGUGGCACGCCAUCUUCAGCCGCCAACAGCAUUGUGCCUAUGUGUGUGCGGGACGGGUGUCGGAGGCCUGGUUGUACGCUCUCCGCGAUGCUAUGGCAGGUGUGGGUGACCAUCGCGGACCGGUCAGCGACGUUAUUGAUCGGCUGCUCCACUGGUCCUUGUCAGCCAUCCGUGCGGAGUUUGGUGUCGGGGUAGCAGGUGUGAUUUCUUCGACGUUGCCAUCUCGGGUGUGCGGUCGAGAUUUCACAUUGCGUUAUAUGCCAGGCAAUUUCGGUGCUGACUACGGUCAGGGGGGUUCGCAGGGUUCAGCGAGCGGAGGGUUGGGGGAGUCGCAGGAGGGAUCGCAAAACUCGUUCUCGUCGUCUCGUCGUGCAUCGCAGCGCAGUGACAGAGGGCGUGGUAGACCCCGCAGCGCGGGGAUGUGCUCGAUGCACAAACCCACGUUCUACAAGUUUAUGCGCACAGAACCGGGGGAGGCGGAGGGGUGGAAUGCCAAGGUCGUACGACAGGACAUUAAAUAUUGCGAGCUUGCCAUUGACACUGUGAUGCGCCGUGGUGAGCCAGUGACAUUGAUGGUCGAUGGUCGAUAUGACUCUGCCAGAGGCGUGCAGCAUUGCACUGUCACCGCGAUGGAGUACGAGACUCGGCUUGUUGUGGGUGUGCACACUCUCCGCCCGAAGAUCAAAGGCAAGGCGUCGAAUGCGCUUGAGGUGCCAGCCGUCGUGCAACUUUUGCGAGGACUGAUGGAGAAGGGGUUGAAGAUCCGGUGCGUUGUCUCGGAUGGAUGUGCCGCGCUGGGACCGCAGUUGCGAGCUCUGAACAUCGAGUGGCAGAAGGAUUGCCACCACAAAAUAAAAAACAUUUGCAAGCACUUCCACAGUAUGCUGCAACUGAAGGAAGCGAAGAAAGUGAGUAACCCGCACGAGUGUGUGUCGGAGGCGCAGUUUAUGCAGUUCACGAAGAAGCGGCUGAUGGAGGCGUUGGAGCAGCGUUUCGGACCUGGCGUCCUCACACCUGCCGAAGAGCGGAUGAAGAAAUCGGAUUUCGUCGCUGUCGUCAUGCGGAAGAUGUACCCCUACGGAUCGAGGUCGAACGCUCGAGCGUUGGAGACUGAUCCUGACGGCUUGACAGAGUAUCAUGCGCAUGAGGUUGGGAUGUGGUUCCUCCGCGCUUGUCAGCUGUACAGGGACGAGGGUGGAGACGCCAGCAGUUUGCACCGCGACAUCAUGUUGGUCGCCGUUCAUUGGGCUGGUGAUCAUUCGGGAUGUGUCGGUGGUAGGGAGGUUCUGUGCGAGAAGGCCGGUGGGCCUGCACGAUUGCCUUUGUAUAGCCGCACGGACACGGUCUACGAGUUCAUUCUGCGUGUUCUUGGGAAACAAUUCAGCACUAACAUCACGCCGUACUACGUCGAGUUUCGACACACAUCGGCGGUGGAGACUUUUCAGGGCACCAUCAUCAUCUAUGCGAAGAAGUCGGUGCAUUUCGAGAAGUCUUACUGUGCGCGUCUGGCUAUCGCAGUGAUUCGGUGGAACAGUCACUGCUGGCGCGACCCAGUCGGGUACGUUGCUCGCAUAGCUGCGGGCACUUCCAUACGUCCGAGACCAGGCUUCCGUCGACAGAACGAGGAGGCAAUCGACUCUUGGCAAGACAGGUUGUCGGCGUCCGUGUUCGGUUCGGCUCGUGUUUCGGACUGGGCUCGAGAGUUUCUGCGACAGGAGGUUUGUCCUUAUGGACCCGGGCCAUUGCCGCGCGAUCUGUUCGUCGCAGGUGGGGGUGACCCAGUGGAACUCGCUGAUGAUGCUGCCUCCGGUUCUGACCAUGAGCCGGUGGGGGAAAACCGUGUUUUCAUCAUCGGUCACGUGGAGGAGGAUGUGGUGCCUACAUGCGAUGAUUGGGUUCCGACAUCGAGCUCGGAAUCUGAGGGUGACGAUAUAGAGUUGUUCAGCGUUUGACUGGUUGAAUGGCUUUUUCGUUGACCUGACUAUGAUCUGCUGAUCCGAUAAUCAUUGCGC